CAGAACGGAGACUGUUCAUUCCCAGCCACGCUGAAAGUAGCGGGGGAGACAGCACAAUUUUGACUUUGUUUAAGUCAGAUUUCACAGAGGAAUACUCUUUUUCUUCACGAUAUCCAAAGGAUCAGCAAGAACAAGAGGAAAAGAAAGUAAGAAACAGAGCUUACAAGUAUUUUUUCUUCAAUUUUCUUUCUAAUUGAAUUGAGAAGCACGUGACAGCCGGUUUUGCCACUGGAUUCUUUCACACAACAAGACGUGAGCUUGCCUUAUUUAUCUUUCUUUGAUGUUGUUUAGUUUCAGUUUCAAUUUGUGUGUAUACUGACAUAAAGCACAAUGGUUGCUGGAAUGCUAAUGCCCCUGCGGGAACUGAGGGCCAUCUAUGAGGUCCUGUUUAAAGAUGGUGUCAUGGUCGCCAAGAAGGACAAGAGGCCUCAGACCAAGCACCCUGAGAUAGAAGGUGUGAGCAACCUUCAAGUAAUCCGUGCCAUGGGGUCUCUUAAGUCUCGGGGCUAUGUGAAGGAGACAUUUGCCUGGAGACAUUUCUAUUGGUACCUGACCAAUGAGGGCAUUGUUUACCUGCGGGACUACCUGCACCUGCCCCCUGAGAUUGUUCCUGCAUCCCUGCAGAGGAUCAGGAAGACAGCUGCCACCCUGGUCGUUGCCCACCGUGCACGGGUCCAAUCUGUGGAAGGUCCUACAUCUUAUGUCCCUAAGCCAGGACGCAGGGGUGAGUCGGAGAGCCAAGAGUCUCUGUCCGAGCGUCAAGGUUACCGCCAUAGGAUGAUGGGUCCCGGAGAAAAAGAGAGCUACACUGAUAGGACCCCCAGGUUUAGGGGUCGUCCGCUGGCUGCAGAACCACUCCGACCAAAAGCCGCAUGGGAAGUUGAGGACCAGCCUCAGCCUUUGUCUAGGAGGGGGGACAACUUCAGAAGUGAGGCAGCGAUGAUGGAGGAGAGCAGGCUAAAACGAGUCUCUCGUCAACAGCCUGAUGUGAGCAGUGAGAAGCCGGUGACAACAUCACAGGAAAGAAGAGUAACUGAAGUCCAAAAGCAGAAGGCACCAAUGUCUGUCCAGAGUCAGACAGCAGCUUGGAAACAGGAUGCGUCACAAACCACUGUGACAUCAAAGUCCUCCAAAACAGCCCUACCAUUAACUGUGGCUGCUGUCGCUGCGGCUACAGGUGCUGCGACAUCAAAGAUUCAAGCUGAACCCUCUAGUGCCAAAACGAAUAAAGAGAAGCUCAAGAUUGCUGAUGAAAAAGCUUCCAUGAAGGCACGCAAAAUGGUAACAAGCAAUUCAGUGAUCACAACACUUCCUGCUACAGAGCUCAAAGAGGAGAAGACACAAAAGGUGACCGUGGCUCCAAUUAAAUCUGCAGAGCUCAAGGCUACAGCUGAAAGAACACCCGAUAACAGGAAGGCCCAGGCAGUUAUCACAGUGGCUGCUGCUCAGGAAACCUCCAAACUCCUUACUGCCACUGCCACCUCCACCCCUGCCAUCCCAAAACCUGCCAAUAAAGAUGUCAAGGAAGAGAAGACACAAAAGGUGAUUGUGGAUGCGGUUAGAUCUGCAGAGGUAAAGCCUUCAGCUAAAACGGCAACUGAUAACAUGAAGGCCCAGGCAGUUAUCACAAUGGAAACCUCCAAACUCCUGACCGACACUGACCCUUCCACCACUUUCAUCACUGUCCGUAAAGAUGUCAAGGAAGAGAAGAUUAAGAGAGCAAAGGUGAAUGGGGAGUCAGUUAAACCUGUGGAGGUGAAGACCCAGGUUGAAUCCAAAAUAGAUCAUGAGAAGGACAAGAAAACUGCCAAAGGAACUGUCACUCAGGAGACCACCAAACCCCUACUCGGCAGCACCACUGGCGAGCCAGUAUUGUCCACUGAUGCGGUAAAGGAGAUCUGUAAAGUUAAGGUGACUCAGAAGCCCAUCGAUGCUAGAGUGACCUCAGUGAAUCUCUCAGCAAAGCCCAAAACUGAUGAAGCGCCCCCGAAAACUAGUAUGGUGGAGUCCUCAAUACUUGAAGUUAAAACUACUAUUACUUCCACGACUCUCUCAGCACCUAUGACCAAUGCUGAAGACGCAAAACCCGUCAAGGGGGGAGCUACAGUUACAGAGACAAUUAAAAAAUGGGAGAAAACAGAGAUUAUUACAAAACAGGAGAAAACUAAUAUUAAGGUGACUGCUCAUGUCAAGAAAGAUGAGAAACAAGUGCCAGAAGAGGUCCUUAACGUCUCAGAAAAGGGCGCCACAUUAGCACAAAACGACUCCUCGUCACCUCAGCUCAAUCAAAACGUUGCGACCACAGAGGAGGCUAUGGAAACCAAACAAGUGGUUGAGGGAAGCUCUAAAUCCAAACGGAAGAAAAAGAAAUCCCCAGGUGAGAUACCCAAAAGUAUCAAUGCCGAGGAACUACCUGACUCUAAGUCGGAGAAGGAGAAACCCUGUAAAGACAAGCCCCCUGAGGAGGUGGCUGAAAAACCCCUCCAACCCACACCAUUGAUUACCUCAGAGCCUUUGACCGUGUGCACCAGCAUGAAGACUGAGGGACCUGUAGAGGGAAAUAAGACUCAGGCUAAAAUAGCUAUUGAUGGGGGAAAAAUAAAGAAACAAACUCAUGAAAAGCCAAUAAUGGAAAUCCCUAAACAAACUGAGGACCAGAGUAUUUCUGAAGUAGCAUCACUACCAUUAGAUCAGAUCCCAGCAGUGCCCCCGAUGGAGCUGCCAGAUGAUGCACAAGUAAAAGCCACGCUAGAGGAAAGCAAUGUCAGCAAAAUAACACAUGGACCAAUUUGCUCCAAGGACAAGUUAAAUGCUAAAUUGCCCCACACGGAGCCAGUGAAAUCUGAGGAAAUGACUAAAGUGGAAACAGUGACGGUGCAGAAAAUAACUCAAGUGGAGCUCAUACAAGCAAGUCCAAAACCUGAAGGGAAAAGCCCUGCGUCAGCGCCAGAAUCUCAGAAACCCACAGUUGAGACUAAAUCCCUAACAAACAAAGGCCAAGCUGCAGAGGAAUCUUCAAAGGGCAAGAAGAAAGGAAAGGGGAAGAAACAUGCAGCAGUGUUAGACGCUGUAAGCGCAAAGCCUGAAGCAGAGGCAUUACCGUCCACUAACGUGACAGCAUUGCCCAAGGCCGCAGUUAAAGACAGCUGUGUCACGACCUCUGAAGUGCUAGAACUGAAUGUUUCUCCAAAGAUGACUCCUGAAAGAAUGUGCAUUGAGGAAACCAGGCAGGCAGCAGCUGUGCUCUGUGAGGCCCCUGCAGACAAAGGGGAGGUGGAGCCAGCACUACCCUUUGCAGAAAAAAUCAAGCGGGAGGUUCCGAAACCAAAAACAACCUCCACUGCGAGGGAAGCACCCGCAGCCGAAGAAUCAGCGUCAGCAGCAGCAGCAGCAGCAGCACAGGCAGCUGUAGCUCCGGCACAGGCCAGCCCCCUCGACAAGCAAGAGGAGCCUCCCAGAGUUGCACAACAUUCAGCCAGUCAGGCAGCAGAGCGCAGCACAGCGAAAAGGCUCUCUGUUUCUGAGGCCUCAAAGCAGGAGGAAGAGAAGAAGAGGGACUUGGAGGAGGACACACCCUCUGCCACUGCCACACCUGCCACUGACCAGUCUGACCAGCUUCACCUGGGGGACACCUGCGAGUCUGUCAGCCCCGACACAGACGAGGCCGCCAUGAAGAGGAAAAUUGUAGUGGUGGAAGAGAUAGUUGAGGUGAAGCAGGUUAUUAGUCCCGAGGCGACUGGGGCACAGUCCCCUCCUCCACCUGUACAACGCGAGGAGGAAGGAGAGGAACUGGACCUGGACGUUCUGGAACAAAUCGCCAUAGAGCGGGCACUUUUGUCAGGGCUGUCCGGGGCCAGGGUGGAAGGAGCCUCACCUGAGGAGGAGUGGGACCACUCGCUGGAGGAGCCAGAGGAGAAGUCGUGGCCUAACUUCAUCGAAGAUGAACGAGAUCGAGUACAGAAGAAGACCUUUACAAAAUGGGUCAACAAGCACCUGAUAAAGAAUCAGAGGGCAGAGUCGCAGCGUCACGUCACAGACCUGUAUGAAGACCUCCGCGAUGGACAUAACCUGAUCUCGCUGUUGGAGGUCCUCUCCGGCGAAUCGCUGCUGAGGGAGAGAGACGUGGGCAGGAGCGCUCGGUUGCCCAGAGAGAAAGGCCGCAUGCGAUUCCACAAACUGCAGAAUGUACAGAUCGCUCUGGACUUCCUCAGACACCGGCAGGUCAAGCUGGUGAACAUCAGAAACGAUGACAUAGCAGACGGGAACCCCAAGCUGACCCUGGGGUUGAUAUGGACCAUCAUCCUCCAUUUCCAGGUCUCCUUCUCUAUCUCAGAUAUUCAGAUCAACGGCCUGUCGGAAGACAUGACGGCCAAGGAGAAGCUGCUGCUCUGGUCCCAGAGGAUGACGGAAGGCUACCAGAACAUCCGCUGUGAUAACUUCACCACCAGCUGGAGGGACGGAAAGCUCUUCAACGCCGUCAUACACAAACACCAUCCCAGACUCAUCGACAUGGGCAGAGUGUACCAACAGACCAACCUGGAGAACCUGGAACAGGCCUUCCAUGUGGCAGAGAGAGACCUGGGAGUGACACGCCUACUGGACCCAGAGGAUGUCGAUGUCCCACACCCUGAUGAGAAGUCCAUCAUCACUUACGUAUCAUCCCUGUAUGAUGUCAUGCCCCGGAUCGAUGUCCAUGAUGGCAGAGCUAAUGAGCUGGAGCUGCGCUGGCAGGAGUACUACGAGCUGGUGACUCUUCUGCUCCAGUGGAUCCGCCACCAUGUCAUGAUCUUCGAGGAGAGGAAGUUCCCUGCCAGCUACGAGGAGAUUGAGCUUCUUUGGCGCCAGUUCUUGAAGUUCAAAGAGACAGAGCUGCCAGUGAGAGAGACAGACAAGAACCGGUCCAAACACAUCUACCAGUCCUUUGAGAGUGCCGUGCAUGCUGGUCAGGUUAAGGUGCCCCCAGGCUACCAUCCCAUUGAUGUGGAGAAAGAAUGGGGUCGACUUCACGUGGCCAUCCUGGAAAGAGAACGGCUGCUCAGGAUAGAGUUUGAGAGACUCGAGAGGCUCCAGAGGAUUGUCAGUAAAGUCCAGAUGGAGUCAGUGUCGUGCGAUGGGAAACUCAGCCAUCUGGAGACCCUGCUGCAGACGGACAUUCGUCUGCUGAAUGCAGGGAAACCAGCUCAGCACACAGCAGAGCUGGAAACUGAGCUGGACAAGGCAGACAACAUGAUCCGCCUGCUCUUCAACGAUGUGCAGAUACUCAAGGAUGGGCGCCACCCUCAGGCUGAAGAGAUGUACCGCAGGAUUUACCGCCUCCAUGAGCGCCUGGUGAACCUGCGCACCGAUUACAACCUUCGCCUGAAGUCCUCUGGGACGACCAUCAAGUUUACCCAGACGCAGGUCUCCCAGCAGUCCACCAUGAAAGGUCGGCCUGAGAAAGAUGAUGUAACCCUUCGCUAUGUCAAAGACCUCCUGGCCUGGGUGGAGGAGAACCAGCUUCGCAUCGAUGGAGCAGAGUGGGGCUCUGAUCUGCCCUCUGUGGAGUCCCAGCUGGGCAGCCACAGAGGCCUGCACCAAACGGUGGAGGACUUCCGCUCCAAGAUUGAACGGGCCAGGGCUGACGAGAGCCAGAUAUCUCCUGUCAGCAAGGGCUCGUACAGAGAAUACAUGGGCAAACUGGACCUUCAGUAUGGCAAACUACUGAAUACUUCCAAGUCCCGUCUCAGGAACUUGGAUUCCCUCCACGCCUUCGUCAGCGCUGCCACUAAAGAGCUGAUGUGGUUGAACGACAAAGAAGAGGAGGAGGUCAACUUCGACUGGAGCGACAGGAACACCAACAUGACGGCUAAGAAAGACAACUACUCGGGUCUCAUGAGAGAGCUGGAGCUGAGGGAGAAGAAAGUCAAUGAUCUCCAGGUCAUGGGGGACAAACUGGUCAGGGAUGCACAUCCUGGCAAGAAGACCGUCGAGGCUUUCACAGCCGCCAUGCAGACUCAGUGGAGCUGGAUCCUCCAGCUGUGCUGCUGUAUUGAGGCUCAUCUCAAAGAAAACACAGCCUAUUACCAGUUCUUUGCUGACGUGAAAGAGGCUCAGGACAAGAUGAAUAAAAUGCAAGAGAACAUGAAAAAGAAGUACAGCUGUGAUCGCUCCACCACGGCCACGCGCCUGGAGGAUCUGCUGCAGGAUGCUGUGGAGGAGAGAGAACAGCUGAAUGAAUUCAAGACUCUUGCGACCGGCCUGAACAAGAGAGCCAAGUCCAUCAUCCAGCUGAAACCGCGCAACCCCACCACCUCCAUCAAAGGCAAACUGCCCAUUCAGGCUGUCUGCGACUUCAAGCAACAGGAGAUCACCGUCCAUAAAGGAGACGAGUGUGCGCUCCUCAACAACUCGCAGCCUUUCAAGUGGAAGGUCCUGAACCACUCUGGACACGAGGCGCUGGUGCCUUCUGUCUGCUUCAUGGUGCCUCCAGUCAACAAGGAUGCCAUGGACAGUGUGUCCAGUCUGGAUGCAGGUCAUCAGCAGAUGGUGUCUCUGUGGCAGACGCUCCAUAUAGACAUGAAGAGCUUGCUGUCAUGGCAGUAUCUGAUGAGAGACUUCACACAGAUACGCUCCUGGAACAUCACCAUGUUCAAAUCCAUGAAACCAGAGGAGUACAGGCUGCUGAUGAGGAACCUGGAGCUCCACUACCAGGACUACAUGCGUGACAGCCAGGACUCGCAGCUCUUUGGCCCCGCCGACCGCAUGCAGGUCGAGGAGGACUACACCAAGUCCACCCAGCAUUUCGACAACCUGAUUCGCUCCAUGGAGAAAGGACUAAAGGUUGUUAGGCUCAAAGGUCAACAGGAUGAGUCUCUGUGUAAGAACUACAUCUCUGAGAUCAAGGACCUGCGAGUGCGUAUAGAGGACUGUGAGGCUGGGACUGUGGCUCGCAUACGCAGACCCAUGGACAAGGAAGCUCUGAAAGAAUGUGUUCAGAAGGGAACAGAGCAGAAGAAAGUCCACGUGACGCUUGAGGGCCUAAAGAAGGACCUUGGUAAGGUAUCUGUGAAAACACAGGAGGUGUUGGCCUCCCCUCAGCAGUCUGCGUCAGCUCCUGUCCUGCGCUCAGAGCUUGACCUCACUGUGCAGAAGAUGGAUCAUACCUACAUGCUCUCCUCGGUUUAUCUCGAGAAGCUGAAGACUGUGGAAAUGGUCAUCCGUAACACUCAGGGUGCUGAGGGAGUUCUCAAGCAGUACGAGGAGUGUCUGCGCGAUGUUCACACCGUGCCCAGCGACGUCAAGGAAGUAGAGACUUACAGAACAACGCUUAAGAAAAUGCGAGCUGAGGCAGAAGGUGAACAGCCAGUGUUUGACUCUCUGGAAGAAGAGCUUAAGAAGGCGACCACGGUGAGCGACAAGAUGUCACGUGUGCACAGCGAGCGCGACACCGAGCUGGACCACUUCCGCCAGCUCCGGUCCAGUCUCCAGGACCGCUGGAGGGCCGUGUUCGCCCAGAUGGACAUUCGCCAGAGAGAGCUAGAGCAGCUCGGCCGCCAGCUAGGCUACUAUCGGGAGAGCUACGACUGGCUGAUCUCCUGGAUUUCUGACGCCAAGCAGAGGCAGGAGAAGAUCCAGGCGGUGACCAUCAAUGACAGCAAAACUCUCAAAGAACAACUGGCCCAGGAGAAGAAACUGCUGGAGGAGAUUGAGAAUAACAAAGACAAGGUCGAUGAGUGUCAAAAAUAUGCUAAAGGCUACAUUGACACCAUUAAGGACUAUGAACUCCAGUUGGUCGCCUACAAAGCUCAGGUGGAUCCUCUUGCUUCUCCCUUGAAGAAAUCCAAACUGGAUUCUGCUUCUGACAACAUCAUUCAGGAGUAUGUAACACUGAGGACCCGCUAUAGCGAGCUGAUGACUCUGACUAGUCAGUACAUCAAGUUCAUCACCGACACACAGCGCCGCCUGGAGGACGAGGAGAAAACUGCAGAGAAACUCAAAGCGGAAGAGCAGAAAAAAAUGGCCGAGAUGCAGGCUGAGUUAGACAAACAAAAGCAGUUAGCUGCGGCUCACGCAAAGGCCAUUGCCAAAGCUGAGAAAGAGGCUCAAGAGCUGAAGCUCAGAAUGCAGGAAGAAGUAAGCAAGAGAGAGGUUGCUGCUGUGGAUGCAGAAAAGCAAAAGCACAACAUCCAGCUGGAACUGCAGGAGCUCAAAAACCUCUCCGAGCAGCAGAUCAAGAACAAAAGUCAACAGGUGGAUGAGGCUCUUUACAGCAGGACCAAGAUUGAGGAGGAAAUCCACAUCAUCAGGAUCCAACUUGAGACGACGUUAAAACAAAAGUCUACCGCCGAAUCUGAGCUCCAGGAACUUCGUAACAGAGCAGCUGAAGCUGAGAGACUCCGAAAGGCCGCCCAGGAAGAAGCUGAGAAGCUCCACAAACAAGUCAAUGAAGAGACCCAGAAAAAGCGCAUGGCAGAGGAAGAACUAAAACGCAAAUCCCAGGCAGAGAAAGAAGCUGCUAAGCAAAAGCAGAAAGCUCUGGAAGACCUUGAAAACCUCAAGAUGCAGGCCGAGGAGGCUGAAAGGCAAGUGAAGCAAGCGGAGUUAGAAAAGGAGAGGCAAAUCAAGGUUGCCCAAGUGGCAGCCCAGAAGAGUGCCGCGGCUGAGCUCCAGAGCAAACACAUGUCCUUUGCAGAAAAGACCUCGAAGUUGGAAGAAUCCCUCAAACAAGAGCACGGCGCUGUCCUUCAGCUGCAACAAGAAGCAGAACAUCUCAAGAAACAACAGGAGGAUGCUAUAAAAGCCAGAGAAGAGGCAGAAAAAGAGCUUGAGAAAUGGAGGCAAAAAGCUAAUGAGGCCCUCCGUCUUAGACUCCAGGCCGAGGAAGAAGCCCACAAAAAGAGCCUUGCUCAAGAAGAAGCUGAGAAACAAAAGGAGGAGGCUGAGCGUGAGGCUAAAAAGAGAGCCAAGGCUGAAGACUCCGCUCUGAAGCAAAAAGAUAUGGCCGAGAAAGAACUUGAGCGGCAAAGAAAGGUAGCUGAGAGCACGGCUCAGCAGAAACUCACCGCCGAACAGGAACUGAUUCGACUUAGGGCAGACUUUGACAACGCAGAACAGCAGAGAUCCCUCCUUGAAGAUGAACUUUACCGCCUGAAGAAUGAAGUCAUUGCAGCGCAACAACAACGGAAACAGCUGGAGGAUGAACUGGCCAAAGUGAGGAGUGAAAUGGAUAUACUCGUUCAGCUUAAGUCCAAGGCAGAAAAGGAGACCAUGUCCAACACGGAGAAGAGCAAACAACUUCUUGAGGCUGAAGCUGCCAGGAUGAGGGACGUGGCUGAGGAAGCAAGCAAGCUUCGAGCCAUCGCAGAGGAGGCCAAGCAUCAGAGGCAAGUUGCUGAGGAAGAGGCAGCUCGCCAGAGAGCAGAGGCUGAGAGGAUUCUCAAAGAGAAGCUGGCUGCAAUCAGCGAAGCCACUCGUUUAAAAACAGAGGCUGAAAUUGCAUUGAAAGAGAAGGAGGCUGAAAACGAAAGACUCCGCCGGCAAGCUGAGGACGAUGCUUACCAGAGAAAAGCUCUUGAAGAUCAGGCCAACCAACAUAAGCUAGAGAUUGAUGAAAAGAUCCUCCUACUCAAAAAAUCAUCUGAGGCGGAAAUGGAAAGACAAAAGGCAAUAGUGGAUGACACACUGAAACAGAGGCGAGUUGUUGAAGAAGAAAUCCGAAUUCUUAAGCUCAACUUUGAAAAGGCUUCAUCUGGAAAACUUGAUCUGGAGCUAGAACUGAACAAACUGAAAAACAUUGCAGAGGAAACUCAACAAAGCAAACUGAGGGCAGAGGAGGAGGCAGAAAAACAACGAAAGCUUGCCCUCGAGGAGCAGAAGAAGAGGAGGGAAGCAGAGGACAAGGUUAAGAAGAUCACUGCUGCAGAGGAAGAGGCGGCCAGACAGCGCAAGGUCGCCCAAGAAGAGCUCGAUCGUCUGAAGAAGAAAGCAGAAGAGGCCCGAAAGCAGAAAGAAGAGGCUGACGUCGAAGCUGAAAAACAGAUCGUUGCAGCACAACAAGCAGCCCUGAAAUGCAGUACCGCUGAGCAGCAAGUCCAAAGUGUCCUCGCCCAACAGAAGGAAGAUAGCAUCACGCAGAAGAAGCUUAAGGAAGAGUACGAGAAAGCCAAGAAGCUUGCCAAAGAGGCAGAGGCUGCUAAGGAGAAGGCAGAGAGGGAGGCAGCUCUCCUUCGUCAACAAGCAGAGGAAGCAGAACGGCAAAGGGCAGCUGCCGAGCAAGAAGCUGCAAUCCAAGCCAAAGCUCAGGAGGAUGCCGUAAGGUUGCGGAAGGAUGCUGAGUUUGAAGCUGCUAAACGAGCACAAGCAGAAAAUUCAGCCCUCAAGCAGAAGGAACAGGCCGAUGCCGACAUGGCGAAGCACAAAAAACUGGCAGAGCAAACACUGAAACAGAAGUUCCAAGUGGAGCAAGAGCUCACAAAGGUCAAACUGAAGCUUGAGGAUACCGAUAAACAGAAAUCUCUCCUGGAUGAAGAGCUGCAGCGCUUGAAGGACGAGGUUGAUGAUGCUGUCAAACAAAGGGGCCAGGUGGAGGAGGAGCUGUUCAAAGUCAAGGUUCAGAUGGAGGAGCUACUCAAGCUGAAAAUCAGAAUUGAGGAAGAAAAUCAACGCCUCAUCAAGAAAGACAAAGACAACACACAGAAAUUCCUCGCCGAGGAGGCUGAAAAUAUGAAAAGGCUCGCAGAGGACGCUGCUAGACUUAGUGUAGAAUCCCAAGAGGCUGCACGCUUGAGACAGAUUGCAGAAGACGACCUCAAUCAUCAACGAGCUCUUGCAGAUAAAAUGCUUAAAGAGAAAAUGCAGGCCAUACAAGAGGCAUCUAGGCUUAAAGCAGAAGCAGAAAUGCUCCAAAGACAGAAGGACUUGGCUCAGGAGCAGGCACAAAAGCUGCUGGAGGAUAAACAAGUAAUGCAACGGCGUCUGGAAGAGGAAACUGAGGAAUACCAGAAGUCACUUGAAGCAGAGAGGAAAAGGCAAUUGGAGAUCAUAGCCGAAUCCGAAAAACUCAAACUUCAGGUUUCGCAGCUCAGUGAAGCCCAGGCCAAAGCUGAAGAGGAGGCAAAAAAAUUCAAGAAACAAGCUGAUAACAUUGCUGCCCGUCUUCAUGAGACUGAAAUAGCCACCAAAGAAAAAAUGACUGUAGUGGAAAAACUGGAAUACGAGAGACUCAGUACCAGCAAAGAGGCUAGCGAUUUACGCAACGCAAUCGCAGACCUUGAGAAGGAGAAGUCUAGACUGAAAAAGGAGGCUGCAGAACUUCAAAAUAAGUCUAAAGAGAUGGCUGAUGCACAGCAGAAACAAAUCGAACAUGAGAAGACAGUACUCCAGCAGACAUUCCUGACAGAAAAGGAGAUGCUUUUGAAGAAGGAGAAGCUAAUUGAAGAUGAGAAAAAGAAGCUAGAGAGUCAGUUUGAUGAGGAAGUCAAAAAGGCCAAAGCUCUCAAAGAUGAACAGGAACGCCAGAGACAACAGAUGGAGGAGGAGAAGAAGAAACUCUACGCUACUAUGGAUGCGGCCCUCAAUAAACAAAAAGAGGCUGAGAAAGAAAUGCUUAACAAACAAAAAGAAAUGCAGGAACUGGAGAAGAAGAGACUCGACCAGGAAAGGUUACUCGCAGAAGAGAACCAGAAAUUGCGCGACAAGCUGCAGCAGCUUGAGGAAGCACAAAAAGAAGUCCCUGACAAAGAGCAAAUCCAUGUUACAAUGGUUGAGACAACAAAGAAGGUUUACAAUGGUCAAACUGCCGGUGAUACCGUAGACAGUGCGGAGAAGAGACCAGAUCCCUUGGCUUUUGAUGGCAUCCGUGAUAAGGUACCUGCAAGCAGACUUCAUGAUGUGGGCCUUUUAUCCAAGAAGGAGUUUGACAAGCUAAAAAAAGGCAAAACCACUGUUCAAGAGCUUGGGGAGACUGAAAAACUGAAACCAAUUCUUAAAGGAAAGAACUGCAUUGCUGGUGUUUUGACACCAUCUAAUCAAAAAAUGUCAAUCUAUGAAGCAUCAAAAGAAAAGAAGAUUACUCCAGGCACAGCCAUAAUCCUUCUUGAAGCCCAAGCAGCCACAGGUUACAUUGUAGACCCAAUUAAGAACCAGAAACUUUCUGUUAAUGAGGCUGUCAAGGACGGCUUGAUUGGCCCUGAAUUGCACAACAAAAUGCUUUCAGCAGAGAGGGCAGUUGUUGGCUACAAAGAUCCAUACACUGGUGGGAGGACCUCUGUCUUUGAAGCUAUGAAGAAGGGUCUGAUAGAACGUGAUCAUGCCAUCAGAGUCCUUGAGGCUCAGCUUGCAACUGGUGGCAUUGUCGACCCAAUCAAUAGUCACCGUGUACCCAAUGAAACAGCCUACAAAGAGGGACUAUAUGAUGUUGAAAUGAACAAGAUUAUGGAAAAACCUUCAGAUGACACAAAGGGAUACUUUGACCCCAGCACUCAGGAACCUUUGACAUAUUCUGAGCUGAUGGCGAGAUGUACCAGUGACCCUGAAACCGGUCUGCUUCUCCUGCCAAUCACAGACAAAGCUGCUCAGUGCUCAAGUAUAUACACAGAGGAGGAGACCAAGGAUGUGUUCAGCAAAACUACUGUGUCUGUGCCAUUUGGACGAUUCAAGGGAAAGACUGUCACCAUUUGGGAAAUAAUCAAUUCUGAGUACUUCACUGAGGACCAAAAGAAGGACCUUCUCCGUCAAUACAAGACAGGCAAAAUCACAAUCGAAAAAAUCAUUAAGAUUGUGAUUACUGUGGCAGAGGAAAAAGAAAAGAAGAAUGAGAUUACCUUUGAUGGUCUGAGAGCACCUGUCCCUGCCACAGAACUCCUGGAAUCCAAAAUCAUUGAUAAAGACAUAUACAACAAAUUGCACAAGGGCAAUAAGACAGUCAAAGAGGUGUCUGAAAUAGAGCCUGUCCACAAAGCACUGAAGGGAACAAACUGCAUUGCAGGUGUGGUUAUCAAUUCAUCCAAGGAGACAAUGUCCUUCUAUCAAGCUAUGAAGAAAGACAUGAUGAGAGCGGGGCCUGCUUUGAAUAUGCUGGAAGCCCAAGCAGGAACAGGCUAUGUGGUUGACCCUGUUCAUAAUCAGAAGUACACUGUUGAUGAAGCUGUCAAGGCAGGUGUUGUGGGUCCUGAGCUGCAUGAAAAACUGCUGUCUGCAGAGCGAGCUGUUACAGGUUACAAAGAUCCUUACACUGGAAAGACUGUAUCUCUGUUCCAGGCAAUGAAAAAAGAUCUCAUACCUAGAGAACAAGGAAUCCGACUGCUUGAUGCCCAAAUGACCACCGGCGGCAUCAUUGAUCCAGUAAAUAGCUAUCACAUUCCUCAUGAUGUGGCCUGCAAGAGAAACUAUUUUGAUGAUGAAAUCAAACAGAUUCUUAACAGUCCCACUGAUGAAACUAAAUGCUUCUUAGACCCCAACACAAAAGAAAAUGUCACAUACGCACAGCUUUUUAAGAGAUGCGUCACUGACAAGAAAACUGGUCUCCAGCUUCUGCCUCUUUCUGACGAAGCAAUCAAUGCAAAAGAGGAGCCAACAUACAAUGAUGCCCAGACAAAGGAGGCUAUGACUCAGGCAACUGUGGAACUUGACUCUGGACCAUUUAAGGGCAGGAAGAUGACCAUCUGGGAAAUCAUCAACUCUGAAUAUCUCACUGAAGAACAACGGCUUGACCUGCUCAGACAGUUUAGGUCAGGAAAGAUUACAAUUGAAAAGAUAAUCAAGAUUGUCAUCACAUUUGUAAAUGAGAAAGAGGCUAAGAAACAAGAACAGUCCAGCUUCAAGGGACUCAGAGCUCCUGUCCCAGCAGGCUCUCUGUAUGAUUCCAAAAUCAUUGACAAACCAACCUUUGACCUACUUCAACAAGGCAAAACAACACCUAGAGAAGUCAGUCAGAAUCCAAAUGUCAAUAAAUACCUCCAGGGCUCUGAUAGCAUUGCUGGCAUCUACCUGGAGCCAACUAAAGAGAAAAUCAGCAUUUAUCAGGCUAUGAAGAAAAAACUCCUCAGACACAACACAGGUCUUUCACUUCUUGAGGCCCAGGCUGCCACUGGGUUCCUUGUAGAUCCAGUGAGGAACCAGUGCCUGACAGUAGAUGAGGCAGUGAAGUCAGGUCUUGUUGGUCCAGAGCUACAUGAAAAACUUCUCUCUGCAGAAAAAGCUGUUACUGGCUAUAAAGAUCCAUUCACGGGCAACAAAAUCUCCCUCUUUGAAGCAGUGCAAAAAGAUCUCAUCCUGAAAGAGCAUGCCAUGCCUCUGAUAGAGGCACAGAUGGUUAGUGGAGGAAUCAUUGACCCUGUAAACAGCCACCGUGUCCCAACUGAUGUUGCAUAUCAGAAGAACAUUUUGAGUAAAGAAAUUGCCAAGACCCUGUCUGAACCAUCUGAUGAUAACAAGGCUUUCUCAGACCCAGAAACCGAUGUUAAUGUUACCUACAGACAGCUUAAAGACAAGUGCCAAAAAGAUCCAGAGACAGGCCUAUAUAUCCUUCCGAUCUCCAAACCUCAGUCUCCAACUGUUGUGGAAAAGACAUACCUUUACACAGAGGAACAAACACAAAGUGACCUGACCAGCACACAGAUUGACAUUCCAAUCGAGGGGCUUGCUGAUAAACCACUGAACCUUUGGGAAAUCAUGAACUCAAAUUUGCUUCCCGAGCAAGAGAGGCAGAAGCUCAUGGAUGAAUAUCGCUCUGGUAAAAUCACGAAAGAGCGGAUGAUCAUCAUUAUUAUUGAGAUCAUGGAGCAGAGAGAGAUCAUUAGAAAUGAUAGUCCACUGUCAUAUAAGACUAUAAGGAGAAGGAUAACUAUUGAGGAGCUCUACAGUGCCCGCAUAAUUGACCUAGAGACAUACAACCUCCUUAAACAGGGCAAGAGGAACAUCCGUGACAUAAUGGAGAUUACCAGUGUGAAACAGUAUCUCUAUGGCACAGGCUGUGUUGCUGGGGUCACAACAGACUCAAGCUCCAAGAUAAGCAUAUACCAAGCAAUGAAGAGAGGAUUUAUUAAACCUGAACUAGCCCUCAGCCUCCUAGAAGCACAAGCUGCUACAGGAUUCAUUGUCGAUCCAGUUAAAAAUGAAACCCUGACGGUUGACGAAGCUGUUCGUAAGGGUGUUGUCGGCCCUGAGAUCCAUGAUAAACUUCUGUCAGCUGAAAGAGCAGUCACAGGAUACAAAGAUCCAUACAGUGGGAAAACCAUAUCUCUUUUCCAGGCCAUGAAAAAGGAUCUUGUUCCAGAGGAUUAUGCUCUGAAAAUGUUAGAGGCACAAACUGCCACCGGUGGUAUUAUUGACCCUGAAUUCCAGUUCCACCUGCCAGCCGACAUUGCCAUGCAAAGAGGUUACAUCAACAAGGAAACCAACGAGAGGCUGACUGACAAAGUUAAAGGAUUUACUGACCCUGUCACCAACGAGGACCUGUCAUAUGCACAGCUGCUCAAGAGAUGCAAGUUAGACGGUGGGUUGCGCCUACUCUCCCUGGGAGACAAGAGGCUGAUGUUCAAAGGUCUGAGGAAAGAGAUCACAAUGGAGGAGCUGAUCCGCUCACAAAUUAUUGACCAGCAGACUGUCACUGAACUGAAUGAAGGUCUUAUUUCAAUGGAGGAGGUUAGCAAGAAACUAUCAAGGUACCUUGAGGGCACAAGUUGUAUUGCUGGUGUAUUCUUAGAGUCCACAAAGGAGCGUCUAUCAAUUUACCAGGCCAUGAAGAAGAACAUGAUUAGGCCAGGCACAGCAUUUGAACUCCUUGAGGCACAGGCAUCCACAGGAUAUGUCAUUGAUCCCAUCAAAAACCUCAAACUGACUGUCAAUGAAGCAGUGAGAAUGGGAAUUGUAGGACCUGAAUUCAAAGACAAGCUCCUCUCUGCAGAACGUGCAGUGACAGGAUAUAGAGAUCCUUAUUCAGGCAAGACAAUCUCCCUGUUCCAGGCCAUGAAAAAGGGGCUCAUCUUGAAAGAUCAUGGUAUCCGUCUCCUGGAAGCCCAGAUUGCCACUGGUGGAAUCAUUGACCCAGAGGAAAGUCACCGCCUGCCAGUUGAGGUGGCCUACAAACGUGGCUUCUUUGAUGAGGAAAUGAAUGAGAUCUUGACAGAUCCAUCUGAUGACACUAAAGGCUUCUUUGAUCCCAACACUGAGGAAAACCUAACCUAUCUCCAGCUCAUGGAGAGAUGCAUCACCGAUCCUGACACUGGCCUGGUGCUCCUGCUACUGAAAGAAAAGAAGCGGGAAAGUAAGACCUCCUCCAAAUCCUCAGUUCGUAAACGCAGAGUUGUCAUUGUAGACCCUGAGAGUGGCAAAGAAAUGACUGUGUAUGAGGCCUACAGAAAGGGACUCAUUGACCACCAAACAUACCUGGAGCUUGCUGAGCAGGAGUGUGAAUGGGAAGAGAUCACAAUAACCUCCUCUGAUGGUACUGUCAAAUCUGUUAUCAUUGACAGGAGGUCAGGGAGACAGUAUGAUGUUCAUGACGCUCUUUCACGUGGCCUCAUUGACCAGACUGCCCUUGAUACGUACCGAUCUGGAAACCUAUCCAUCACAGAAUUUGCUGACAUGCUUUCUGGAAGCAUGGGAGGCUUCCGCUCACGCUCAUCCUCCUUUGGUUCCACCACUGGCUCCACCUACUCCUCUCCCAUGAGCCCCAUACCCACCAUUAAACCACCUGCAGUCAUAUGGAAUGACCCAGCAGAGGAGACUGGCCCCAUAGCUGGAAUAUUGGACAUAGACACACUGGAGAAGGUGUCUAUCACUGAGGCCAUACACAGAAACCUGGUAGACAACAUCACUGGCCAAAGAUUGUUGGAGGCCCAAGCCUGCACAGGAGGAAUAAUUGACCCCACAACUGGAGAGAGAUUCACAGUCAUUGAGGCUACAGAAAAAGGCCUUGUGGAUAAAACCGUGGUUGAUCGCCUCAGCCUGGCUCAAAAAGCAUUCAAUGGAUUUGAAGACCCAAGAACUAAAGUAAAGAUGUCCGCAUCCCAGGCGCUAAAGAAAGGCUGGUUGUAUUAUGAGGCUGGGCAGCGUUUCCUUGAGGUCCAAUAUUUGACUGGUGGACUUAUUGAGCCUGAUGUCGAGAGCAGAGUGUCACUAGAUGAAUCUAUCAAGAAGGGCACAAUCGAUGCCCGCACUGCCCAGAAACUGAGAGACGUCGGUUCUUAUUCUAAAUACAUAACAUGUCCUAAAACCAAACUCAAAAUCUCCUAUAAAGAUGUCAUGGACAAAAGCAUGGUCGAGGAAGGAUCUGGCCUAAGGCUUCUGGAGGCCUCCUCACAAUCCAGCAAAGGCCUCUACAGUCCCUACAAUGUCAGUAACCCUGGAUCUGCCUAUGGCUCCCGGACUGGCUCAAGGACCGGAUCCCGAACAGGCUCCAGGAGAGGCAGCAUUGAUGCUGGCUCUGGCUUCAGCAUGAACUUCUCAUCCUCCUCCUUCACAUCCUCUUCAACUGGCUACAGCCGCAGAUUCUGAUUAGCUAGUUCUGUUCCUAACAAAAGCCCAAGUGUCUAAGAACCAACAGUAAUAGUGCACUUUACAGUUGCAUUUCUCAAAGGAAAAAUAGUUACAGUAACAGAGAAAAUAUAAUUUAUUCAUUCUGCCCUGCAUGUGGUAACAUCAAGAAUUGCCUAGGCUAUUGAUUUUUUUCCCCUAUAUAACAGGUGUCUAAACAUGUGCCUCAUAUAUGGAGACAUAACCAAGGAUUGCUAGAUAUUACAUUAUUUUCCUUACUACUAAUUACCGAGUCCGAUUAUAUUUUUCAAAGCAAAGCAUGACAUUUCUGCUGUUUUUUUAAGUGACUUUAUAGUUUUCAUUUUACACAAAGUUGUACACUUGUGCUUUCUGAAACUAAUAUAUACUGUAUGUAUGUCAAAGAGAUAUUUUUUCAAUAUUCCUUUGAAAUUCAAGGAUAGUUGUCUAUUUUUUAUCUUUUUUCGACAGUACUUAAUGAGAUAUCUACUGUAUGUCAACUUAGUUGUAACGUUUUUAACAGAUUCUAAAAUACAUAGAUGCCUUCACAUUUCUGAAAAUUUGUAUAGAGUAUGGACAGAUUUUGUUAUGUUUGUAUGUUAAAUGUUGCCUGGGUAACUAUAUAACACCCAAUAAGAAUACACCUGUUAGACACUACAAAAUGAGACACUACAGGAAUACAACACUGAGAUGUGCCAGAAUUAAAAUUACGCAGACCAUUCUGAAACCAGUUUCACAUCUGUCAUUAUUUUGUACUUAAUGCCCAUUUAUAUUUAGUGGACUUUUACUUCCUUUGGGUUUACCAUUGUUUUACACACUCCCAAGUUGUAGAUUCUUUAUAUUCACCAUCAUUCAAGUGUUCCUGGUUAAUCCCAAGAUGAUGUCAGAGUUGAUCCUGCUCACCCAUACGGAACUGCGUCCUGUUAUUUUGGUUCUUCAGCCCCUCAGAAUCCAACAUAUCAGCAAAGAUACUCAGAUGGCCGGAGCAUACGAUCCCCUCAACUUGGAUGGAUUUGUGAGUCCAUGUCAUCCUCACGUAGUUUUACAGAUCUACCAUUGAGUAUUUCCUUUCUUCCAUUGCACAUCACAUUUGAAGAAAGCUGAGGCUGAGUCAACCUGACACCAUCUUGGGAUACCUUUCUUGGAACACUCUUCAUUCAUUACUUUUUUUCAUAUAUUUAUUACUUGAACCCUAAUAGUGUUGUAAUGUUUUAGAGAACACUCCCCAAUCAUACACACGUCUGCAUUUGUAUUCUUCCAUUUAAAUUGGCGUUAACUGUGGUGGUAGAGCAGCACAUCUUCCUUUAGCUGCUCUUAAAAGUCCUCUCAGUAUAUUUUUGUAUUAUCUCUCAGUAAAUUCAGUCCUACCAAAGUGCUAAAACGAUACAUUUGGAUAAGAUAUAUUUGACACAGCACCACAUUGCAUGAAUGUAUGUAUUAUAUCAAAUUAAUUCAUUUCAGUUGACAUUUUGCCACAUUUUCUUUUGCAAACUGAAAAAGAGCCUAACGAUUUAUUUUGCUUUAUUUUUCCGCAGAAAGUAUUUCUGUUAUGUAUCUCUAAUGUGUUUUACCUCUGUAAAUGUUUUUAUUUUGUUUUCAUCAAGUUUUUGAUAUAUAAUGAAUUUGCCUUGCAUGUUUCACUAACUUUACAAACAAGUUUUUUUGGGGGGGGAAAUGGUGAUGUAAAAUAUAGACAACUGCAGAUGUCACUGAUUUUAAGUUUAAGAAUAUAUCAGUUCACAAACUAACUGGUUUGUUUUGCUUAUGGGGCAGAUUUUGCUUUGAUGUGGUGAGUGGAUUCUGUUGUAUGUUCUGAACAUUAACGCUAUUUUGUAAAUAAAUAUGCUCUGAAAAGG